AUGGAAAGAAGAAAAGUUAAGAAAAAUGGCUUUGCGCUGCCUUUAAACCCGCUCCAAAUCGUAACUUGAAUAGCUACAGUUCUGAACGUCGCUUUUGGCGUGGUCAUAUCUGUUGCAUCAGCUUCUUCUAUUUCUAUUGUAGGAACUAUUUAGUCAAUUUUAACACUCGGGUAUUUUAUUUCUCAAGUGAUUGUUAUUGUUUUGGGCUAUUUGAUAACUAUUAGUGGAUAAAUAAAAUGGCAUUCGGUUCGAGAGAAAUUAGCUUUGCUAAUUUUCUCUCCCUCAUGGAAAUUUUAUUUAUAGGGUUAGGUUUUCACUCGAAGACUUCUGGACAGCAAUAGCGGUUUAACUCUGGGAUAACCAGAGGAACCACUCCUCAGUCCACUCAAGAUUUCGGGCUUUUACCUCUCAGCACAUCCCCACGGGAGUAUGACCCUCAGGCGGAACACGCGCAGGAGCUGAGUCGAACGACAAGGGCGACGGCAACGCGCCGGGUGAGACGUGCAGCAGAGCUGGUGAAGUAGGAGUUGAUAGAAGGCUUGGACGGGCUGACCUGUGCCAAGAUGGCUCGCCUACGUCAUCAGUUUUGCCAUAGGCCCUUUUGGGCUGCGGCACUAGACACCUUAAACACCAGAUAAGUAAGUAAGUAAGAUAACUAUUAGUGACCCAACUGACCCAGUGUCUAUUGCUUAUAUAAAGGCGAGAAAUGAAAAUGUGUAUUUUGAUGAAAGAAUGUAUAACUCUUUUUGCUCUAUUUGUGCUUGUCUGGUUAAUGAUAAGAGCAAGCAUUGUGGAGUAUGCAAUCGAUGCGUUGAUGAUUUUGAUCAUCAUUGUGUGUGGCUUAACAAUUGUGUUGGGAAAAAGAAUUAUAAGAUAUUUAUCUAUCUGAUUAUUGUGCAAAAUAUUAAUAUGUGUUUCUUACUUGGGAUAAGCGUAACCUUAAUUGAUUUCAAAUACUCCAAUGAGACAAGAUAUAAUUCUUUGGUUGAAAGUAUGCUUGAUAUCGGAGAAUUCGAUCUUAUUUUAGUUUUAGCUUUUAUCUUGGUGGUUGAAACAUCUUUUGUGAUUGUUUUUUUGACAUUGCUGUGCGGUCUGCAUGGGUGACUGAAGCUCAAUAAUCUAACCACUUAUGAAUGGAUAAGUUUGAGGAGGAGAAACAUAAAAAUAAGUGUUAUUCGAACUGGAGGAAAUGAUUCAACGAUGAUUGCUGGCUUAGACCAGAGCUUUGCAGAUAACGAAAAGUGCAGCAAGUUCACAAACAGUCUUAAGAUUGAUAGUAUGGCUAAGGACGAGAUCUUACAAAUAUUUAACGGCAUUCCGGUUGAAGAUAAUGCCCCGAAUCGUACUUUUUAA